CCGUGGCGCCUGGGGGUUGCAGACCAGCGCUGUGGAGCGGGAGCAACAGCCUUGUCGCCGCUGAUCCAGACUGUCCCAUGAUUUAAAAUUUGGCUGGAAUUUGUAUGUGACGCAUUCCCAGACCAUCCUGCAAGCUCAACGCCAGCUCCUUCUCUGUGACUGGGUCCAGAUAAAGGUCCUUUCAAGACUGACUUCAUUGGAUCUACUGGCAAGGACCCCACCAGGUUUUCCUGACCCUACUACGUCACUGUAAAGAGCCAUCGGGCAAGAGUGCCAGCAUCAACAGAAGACACACUGCGUCCGGCAGCGCCUGUUUCACCAGGCAUAAUAACCUUACCAGCAGUGCAGAGUACCCUUGUGGGACACCAUCACCCGCUGAUACUGCUGCUGCUGAACAGUUCAGACUAGAGGUCUGGCUUUCCUUAAGACGCUGGGAUUUGAAGGAGCUAUUCUGUGAUCUGUGCUUCUAGUAAGUGACUGAUAGUAUUCUAGACUGGACUGGUCCGUGAGUACAGAGACUGAGUUGCAAUUAAGUGAAAAAUAGAAUACAAGAUCUUGAAGAACUGCACUGAGGUGCAAGCCAGAUUUAACACUCCAGUGCUGUGACCUGAGAAGUUGCUAAGGAAACCUGUACCAGGACCAAUUGUCACCGCCGCUUACUGCCUUUCUCUGUGUCAUUGUUGCCUUUUGCUGUUACACUGCUUGUGCUGUCUUUCUAAGCCCAGAUGUUCUCCGAUAACUCCCACUGCCCUGACUGUGGGCAGCAGUGGUUCCCUAGUUUAGAACUAGGGCAUUGGUUAUACCAAACUGAACUUGUUGAGAAUGAAUGUUACCAAGUGUUCUUAGACCGUAUUAACCGAGCUGAUUAUUGCCCUGAAUGUUAUCCUGACAAUCCUGCUAAUAGAAGCCUUGUUCUGCCUUGGUCUUUCCCACUUGAGUGGGCACCUCAAAAUCUCACCAGGUGGACCUUUGAGAAAGCUUGCCACCCAUUUCUUCUGGGUCCGCCACUGGUUAGAAAAAAGAUACACGACUCCAGAGUAGCUGGUUUUAAUCCUGCAUUACAGUUAAUCUUGACCAGAACAGACAAAACCUUAAACAAGAAACUUGGCCAAAGCAAGUGACUUCUGUAACAGAAUCAUGAACUCUUCCAGGGCUUUGUGUUCAUAGCCUAGGGGAGAGGAAUAGUAACUUGUUUCUGUUUUCUUUCUCUCUUAA